UCUCACUUCUCCGUUCAUGUUCAAGUGAACAUGCAUUUUUUGGUACUUAGUCUUGUGUGCACAGUUGUUUAUGGUGUAAGCCGUAUUUCAAUGCCAGAUCUUAAAGCUGUUAGCUUCGCUAAAACGAUAUCAGGACGAAAGCUGAACGGAAGUCCGAUCAGGGAAGUAGAAGUGGAUUCGGAGAAGACCUGUCAGUUUGAGUGUGUGGGUGAAGAGCGAUGUCUAUCCUACAACUUUGGAACUACAAAAAGCAACUCUAAGAUGUUCAAAUGUCAGUUGAGCGAUUCUGAUCGAUUUGUUGGCGUUGCCAACUUCACUGAGGAUAAAGAUUUUAGUUACUGUGGUGUACAGAGUUCUUGUGAGGAGGACAGUUUCCAAUGUGGUCUCAAAGGAGUCUGCAUUCCCAACUAUCAAGAUGGCAGCGUACAGUGCAAGUGUGACCGUAACUACACAGGAAAACCCUGUAACCCAAAAAGCUGCAGCCAGCUUUUCCGAGAUGGUUUUCAAUCCAGUGGCGUGUACAUCAUCAAUCCAGAUGGCGGCAAACCAUUCCAAGUGUUGUGUGACAUGACCACGGCCGGUGGAGGCUGGACUGUUUUUCAGAGACGUUUGGACGGCUCUGUUGAUUUUUAUCUUGAAUGGAAAUCCUACGAAAACGGCUUUGGAAAUCUGAACGGCGAGUUCUGGCUUGGAAACGACAAUCUUCACCGUUUAACAGCCGUCGGUAACGCCAUGUUGAGAGUUGACUUGGAAGAUUUUGAAGGAAACAUCAGAUUUGCAGAGUACACCACUUUUAAGGUGGCAGACGAAGCAGACAAGUACAGGCUUUUGAUUGGAGGAUACAGUGGCACAGUGGGAGACUCCCUGCUGUGGCACAACAAUUCGCAGUUUUCAACGAAAGAUCAUGACAAUGAUCACUGCAGUUGCAGCUGCAGCGAAAUGUACAAGGGAGCCUGGUGGUACGUCGCCUGUCAUGCGUCUAAUCUGAACGGAUUGUACCUUGGGGGUCCACAUAAGUCUUAUGCAGAUGGUGUGGAAUGGAACGGUUUCAGAGGCCACUACUACUCUCUGAAACGCACUGAGAUGAAAUUGAAAAUCAAAAAAUGAACUGUGCUCGAGGGUAACCGAGAAGAAAAGCAUUUGAACUUAGAUCCACCGUAAAUGUUAUACAGUGGUGGAGCAGGGGGAGGGGGGGAACGUUAGUCGAACGCGACCCCCCCCCCUUCCACCCACGCACUGAACUUACAGAGUAAAUGUACUUAACGUGAUAUGCAGUAGCCCAAAAUCGUUUUUCACCCAUUUUUAAUAGUUUUAUCUAAAGUAGUAUUCCAUUAUAACAUGUAGUAGACGUAACUACGAGCUCAUUUCUAUUCAGAGUUUAUAUUCAAUAAUAUCUUAACGCUGAAUUUUAAUUUUCCUGAUUUUAUAUGAGGUUGCGGCUCAGUUAACAGCCGGAUGGUGCAAUGGUACGGUAAGAGCCUUCGCUUCCCGCAACUCCUCCUGAAUUUAAUUCCCGAACCUAACAUCACGUAUGAAUUGAUUUAGUUGUUUUUUCUUUACGGUUUUUUAUCGUCCUCACUGCCAAGGUUCUUCGACACUACAUUCUCCGCAGAAACAAAAUUCCCGAUACCAAUUUGAGCGGAACAGUGACUGAAAAAGAUAUCUUCCUCUAAAUACGAUUUAUUUAUUGUUAAUUGAUAUCAAAUACGCAUUUCACCACUUUUUUCCAUUUUUUUUCUCAGUAUGUGCAUGUUAUAAGGUCGAAAAUGCUGAUAACUGAUCUGUCAAAAAAGUCUUAUGUCUCUAAAUACAAUAGACUGGCAACCAUCAAAUGUUUUUUUCAAUGGUUCAUGUUUUGCUCCAGCAAGAUGCUGCUUUUGUAUUAACACAUUAAUA